AUGGAGACCGCAAUCACCCCCGGCGAUGACCGGCCUUCCACCCCGACGCCGUCCCAACUGCCCCCCGUCCCCUCGUCGCCCGUCUACUCGCUCGCCUCGACCGCGAACCCGCUCUCGUCCUACCACCUCCCACUGCCGCCGCCCCCGCGGCCCGUCCACGCCGUACUCACCAAGUCCGAUCUCGAGCUCUCCCAGACGGCCUACUCCGACCUCAUCCAGACCGCCAAGUCCUACCGCAUCGCCCUCGCCUCGCUCUCCACCGCCGCCUCCGCCUUCGGCUCCGCACUCGAGUCCUGCGCCCGGCUCAAAGAGGCCCGCGCCGAGUCCCUCUCGUCCGUGUCGCAGCCCGGCGCCGCGCUCUCCGCGAGCUUCACCGCCGGCUCCAAGGGGUCCUGUACCGCGGACCUACUCAUGUCGGCCUCGGGCGUGCACCACCUCGUCGCGAACCACCAGCAGAUCCUCUCCGAGACGGUAUACCGCGACUUCGAGGUGCCGCUGCUGCACGAGCUCGACAAGUGGCGGCAGCGCGUAGAGGACGAGGAGGAGGCCUACGUGCGCGAGGUCAAGGCGCGCAACUUGGAGAUCAGGAGGCUCGAGAAGGAGGGGCUGAAGCUCCACAAGCAGCGCCGGCGGGACGUGGGCAAGUUCAGGGCGCACCUGGUCGAGUUGACGACGAAGCUGGACGGUUUGACGUCGUUGCAUGGGGACCAUGCUAGGACCUUGUUGAGGGAGAGCCAGGAUACGAGCGGGCGGAUCUUGGAGGCGUCGUGCAGCCUUGUCCGUGCCGAGGUGGACAUCUUCGAGUCGCUGGCGAGGAAAGGUUGGAGCGGAGGGGGCCUGGACGAGUUGCUGGAAAAGGGCGCAGACCUGUUCGCAAGCGAUGAGGUCGGAGACCAUUCCGGGCUCGGGGCCGGCGCUGGGCCGGCUGAGACGGCGAAGCUCUUCAGUAUCCUGCCGCCCAAGAGCAUCCUCGCCGACGCGGCGUCGGAUGUGACGCGCCACGGAGGCCACACAAGAGGUGAUAGCCUGCUGAGCGACCCGGACCGCUACCAGAGCCUCGCCGCUGCCGCAGUGCCGGGGCUAGGGGACGACAACGACGCGGAUAGCAUCUUCUCCGAGACCAACUUCAACAGGCCCAGGGGCGUGAGGCCCUUCUCGCCCCAGCCCAUCAGGCGGCACGCUACCGACGUAACGUUUGACAGCCUGGGCGUGGGGCUGAGCGAGGAGUCGCGGGAGGAAGACAAGGUUGCCGAGGAAAGGCGGUACGACGUGCUCAAAGAGGAAGACGAGGCCGAGGCGUCCGAGCAACAACAGCUCUGGGCGGACGAGCAGACCGAUACAAGGAGCCCCGGCGACGAGGAGCACGGGGACGUGCCAGACAGCACCGAAGUUGUCGAGGAUGCCGAGGAAGAGACGGAUAUUGCAAACGGGUCCGCCGAAAGGGGACGGCCGGGGAGGCGGUGGAGUGUAAAUGAAGAGGACGCGUAG